AUGCACAUGGCCCAGUUCAAGAUCCUGGCCACGGGCCUGGGACUGCUAACCCCCUUGGUUCACGCAGUAGCACAAGCGCCAGCGGCGUACAGCUAUGCUUACAGCGCCUGUGGCAAGAUCAACAACUUCAACGCAGUCUUUUCCAAUUUCUAUUCUUACUCGUAUGGAGACGUCCAAGACUGCCAAUUGGAUUGUAACUCCUACGGCUCUGCGUUCGCCGCUGUGGGAAACGAUGCGAAUCAGCAGUGCUGGUGUUCGGAUCCCAACAACGCCAACAGUUCACCGAGUCCUAUUCUCGCAUCGGUGCCAAACCCCAACGCCGCUCUUUGCAACGUUGCUUGCUUCAACAAUAAUGCCUACGCUUGUGGAGGAAAUUCUGGUAGCGAUAUCAUCUAUAACGUCUACGGACAGCUCUACAAGGUCUACGACUACCUCAUCCUCGACGUCUUCUACGCGAACUUCGACGUCAACCACCACAAGUGCGGCACCAACCACUACCCUCCAACAUAG